AUGGUUGGCCAGGAAUUGUUGGGGACUACCAUCCUCCAGUUAGUUGAGAUGCCGUGGCGGAUUCUGUUUCAAAGACGGCUGGUGAUGUCGAAAGAGACCGCCCUGCUACACCAGGAUACUGUACCGCAGCACUUGGCCAUAUUGGCAUCCUUCCUUCACAAUACCCUUCCCGACGCUCCAUCAAGGGAUACAGCUGGUGGUACACGCAAUCAAAAUAUGGCACCGCAGAGCCAAAUCCCAGGCGAACGCGUGGACGAUUGUUGUGAUUCGCCUCAGGAUGCACCAUCGAGAUAUCUAUCCAUCGAUGGACACCAUCAUGCCUCGGCCAAACGCCUCUCUGCCUCUUUCCCCCGAGGAGCUCGCUCAGGCUGUCGCAGAUCUGGCGGAAUACAUGUCUCCGUCACAAGCGCGAUUCAGCAGAGCAUCUCAACCUGGCUUUUACAAAACUAUCCCACUGCUUUUGUUGCGAAGAAACAUUAUGGUGUCUUCGUCUCAGCACUUGCGUUUCAUAGAUCUGAUGGAUCUGUUAAACACAUUAAGAUUGAGAUAUUCGACGUCAAUGCCUGGCCCCAAAGACCUCAAUACAACCUUGACAGUCCAGACAACGAUGUAACUAUGAUCUCCAUAUCAGGCGUCCAGGUUCCUGUCUUUAAUGCUCGCUGGCUUCUCCGCGAGAAGAUAGUGACGGCUUUUAAGCGGCAGGGAACAAGGAAGGAGAAAUCAGACCUAGACGACGCUUGCGCUCUUCUGGAUACCGUAGAGCCGAGCAGCGUAGACUUGACGAACAAGGAGGCGGCGGUCCGACACCUGAUUGCGAGGAGGCCGUGCGUACGCCAGUCAUUGGAGCUCAAAAUCGUUUGUCCAGCCGUUCUGGGAUUGCCAUGGACUUGGAACGAACCGGCUGCGGUGUACUGGCGACGGGAAAAGGAUCAGUUGCGAUAA